AUGAACGGGCGCUCUCAGGGCAAACAUCUAACACGGCGGGAACUGUCUAGGCGGCGGGAACAAUCAGUUAACCAAGCACAACCUGCACAACGACAGCAGCAGCCGGUUCGUCGGGCAACCGAAAAUAUUCAUUGGGGGCUGAAGGUCCCAGGUCGACCACCAACUCCGAGUGAUGGAGCGGCGCAAUCGUACCGCAGGGUCGGCAACGUUUCCAGGCAGCAAAUGGUGCGCUACGACAAUGGGACUUGUAUUCAAUUUGGCCUUGACGACCGAAUUCUGGAUUUCCAUCCAGAAUCACACACCCCAUUCCGCGAGCAACAUCUGCUAAUCGACAAUACUAUCAGAGAAAUCAAGGCCGUCCGUCAAAGUCACCCCGGUGACCAAAGCGACCCGUUCGAGCACUUCCGCAGCCACGAAGCACCGGAGAAGGAUGUCACCUACGUGGAAAUGAAUGCCCAAUCUGGUGGUCUUUACGUACAAGUACCUUCAUACUACGCAAGUGUUCAUGACACAAUUUCACUAUACAAGACAGCUGUCAGCUUGGACGGAGAACGAAGUUCCACACCGCCAGCUAACGAAGACAGUCGAUAUGGAGUUGUUUGUCCACCAAGUGAGCCAGUUUACAAGUACAACAAUACCCCAGAGCCAGCUACCACCGCCUCAUCGGCCGAGGCCAAGGGGGGCAACUCUAGGAGUAGAAGAAAAGAAAGGCGGUCUGCUCAAGCCAUUCUGCGAAGAAAGAUGCUGCGGGAGCAGCAGCAGCGGGCAGCGGGAAUUAUACCACCUGGAAACGCCGAUUUGAAAAGCUCCACGGCGACAGCGAAUGUUACAGGGUCAGAUGUGGCACCAGCCACCACAACACAAAUGUACUCCGAAGAAGCACUGAAGGACAUCAACAUGCAGCUCGCCGAACAAGAAGAGAUGCGCCGCCGAAAGGUUGAGGAGCAAACCGUAACAGUUACAAAUGAGCAAUUUGACAAGGCAAUGGAAAUGCACGCCAAAAAGCACACCGCCCAAUCCGCUCUCAACGAGUUGCAGCAUCCGGCUUUUGAGCAAAAUUUCCGAAUGGAGGAGAGCCGAAGACAAAGCCAGGUCGAACUUUCACAGGAUCGCAACCAAAACAUUGCUCGUAACCCAAACAUUGCUCGUAACCAAAACAUUACUCGUAACCAAAACAUUGCUCGCAUCCAGAGCGGUUCUCGCUAUCAAAACAGUGCUCGCGUUCCUGGUGAUGCCCGCCUUUCUGGUGGUGCCCGACAUCCUGGUGAUGCCCGCCUUUACGGCGAGGCUCGCUACCACAACGAAGCUCAAGAUCACCUUACCGAUUACUACUUGCGACAAGCGUCUCGAGCUUCUGAAGAAGUUUACCGUGGCUCGACUGCGGUUGGGUCGUUCUUUCCACUUAUGCCGCACAUGAACGCCAACCCAGGCAAUGUUUACGAAUUUGCAAACUUGAACAAUGAAUACGCAAGACAGCAGAAUCAAACUCAGCCAUUUCAGCCAGAGAACCUGACGGAGAGACUCAGAGCUCUGGAAGAGCCUGACUAUUCCCGUGAAGUUUCGCCGUUCGAGCAAGUAUCUCGCCGUCCAAGCAGUAUUCAAGCUGGUGACAUCAACAACCCCGAUCUUGCUUUCAGUUUGUCAGCCCUCCGUCUUGGAUCUGCUCCGAUUCCUCGCGCACCGCAAUUCAUCAACAGCCCGUUUUCAAACAACAGUCCGUUUGCACCGCAAUCUAACAAUGGUGCAUUCCGUCCGCCACCAAUUGGUCGCAUGACAUCUGCUUCUUCCGCUGUGACUUCUGGUUCGGACAGCCCUCUAGUACCACAUCCAGCUAUUUGGAGCCCUUUGCCAAAUGGAAGCAGACCAGGUGGUGACGUACGUGGGCGAGCAGCUGGUCAACGUCUCUUCGAAAGAGGUGGUUCAUUGGCGCCACCCACUCCUGAUCACUUCCCGGUCGAUAGGCGUUCCGCUUCCGAGGACCGGCAUUAA